UGAUUAAUCCGGCUCCGAACGGACCGCGGCGUCAUUACCUCACCGGCUCCGGAGGAAACGGAGCGCCGCGGAACUUUUAUUUUGAAAUUUUCGAGCAGACCUGUUGAAACACUGCAUAAAGUUUCCUGCUUCGCGGCGACCGCAGCUAUGGAAGAGGAGACAACUCCAGUCCGGCAGCAGCACCUGUUUAACGUCCAGAAGCUGCAGCAGUACCUGAGGAGCAGGUCACACCUGGCUCCGGACAGCUCCGCCAUCUCCGUGCGCCAGUACAGUUCUGGUCAGUCCAACCCCACCUUCUUCAUCCAGACCCCAGACAGGAGCUAUGUGCUCAGAAAGAAGCCCCCCGGGCCUCUGCUGCCCGGGGCACACAAGGUGGACAGGGAGUACGCUGUACAGAAGGCUCUGCACUCGGCUGGUUUUCCUGUUCCUCAGCCUGUGCUGUACUGCUCAGACACAGACGUCAUCGGCACCGAGUUCUACAUCAUGGAGCACGUGAAGGGGCGUAUAUUCCGGGACCUGAAGCUGCCGGGCCUGAGUGCAGCAGAGCGCAGUGCUCUGUAUGUGGCUGCAGUUGAGACGUUAGCCAGGCUGCACUCCGUGGACGUCACCUCGCUCGGCCUUACGGGAUACGGGAAAGGAGCCGGUUACUCCAAGAGACAAGUGUCGACCUGGACAAAACAGUACAGAGCUUCGGCCCACAGGAGCAUUCCAGCUAUGGACGAGCUUUCUGAUUGGCUGAGCAACAACUUGCCGUCCGGUGAUAACGAAGUGACUCUUGUUCAUGGUGACUUUCGAAUUGACAACCUGAUAUUCCAUCCGACAGAGGCACGAGUGCUGGCCGUACUGGAUUGGGAGCUGUCUACGACUGGUCAGCCUACCGCUGACCUGGGCUACUUCCUCAUGCCCCAUUACUGCCCCUCCCACCACGGGGUCAUCAGCACUCUGGGCGGAGUUACAGAAAUACAGGGCAUCCCCCCUCCAGACGACCUGAUCUCCAUCUACUGCCGCUGCCGUGGGAUCCCUCCAUCUCUUCCGCAUCAGAAUUUCUUCAUCGCACUCGCCAUGUUCAAAAUGGCCUGCAUCGCGCAGGGGAUCUACGCGAGGUUUUUGCUGGGGAAUGCCAGCGCGCCGGACGCUGCUCGGUAUGGAGAGACGGUGGAGCCUUUAGCUCAGUUGGCCCUGAACAUCGCACACAGCUCUUCGUUGGCUAUGCCGGUUUCUGACAGGCGUUUUCUCCAGUCCCCUAGAGGUCACGCUGUGCUCCAACAGGUUAAGGAGUUCAUGAGACAGCACGUCCUGCCCACUCAACAGCAAAUAAUGGAGUAUUACGCGAAACACACUGAUGGCCCUCAGAGAUGGCAGACACCUCCUGUGCUAGAGGAGCUAAAGGCAAAAGCUCGUGCUGCAGGCCUGUGGAAUCUGUUCCUGCCUGCGGUCAGUGGACUUUCUCAGGUGGACUAUUCCUACAUCGCUGAGGAAACUGGGCGAUGCUUCUUUGCUCCGGAGGUCUUCAACUGCCAGGCCCCAGACUCGGGGAACAUGGAGGUGCUGCAUCUGUAUGGAUCUGAAGAGCAGAAGAGGCAGUGGCUGGAGCCGUUACUGAGAGGAGAGAUACGGUCCUGCUUCUGCAUGACUGAGCCAGAUGUUGCGUCCAGUGAUGCCACCAACAUGCAGUGCACGCUUCAAAAGGACAACGACCAUUACAUCGUCAACGGCAAGAAGUGGUGGAGCAGUGGUGCCGGUAAUUCAAUGUGCAGGAUCGCCGUGGUGAUGUGCAGGAAUAAAACAGCUGACCCGAACAACAGGCAUGGUCAGCACAGCAUGAUCUUGGUUCCUAUGGACACACCUGGAGUGAGAAAGAUCCGAGCGCUGACUGUGUUCGGAGCCGACGAUGCUAACCAUGGUGGUCAUCUUGAGGUUCACUUUGACAACGUGCGCGUUCCUGCCUCCAACAUUCUUCUAGGUGAGGGUCGAGGGUUUGAGAUCGCUCAGGGUCGGCUGGGUCCAGGCAGACUGCACCACUGCAUGAGAGCUAUAGGACUGGCUGAACAUGCUCUGGAGCUUCUGUGCCAAAGAUCAGCCAGCAGACAGACCUUCGGGAAGAAACUCUACCACCAUGAGGUGGUGGCCCAUUGGAUAGCGGAGUCUCGCAUCGCUAUUGAACAGACACGCCUGCUGGCUCUACAUGCAGCUCACACACUGGACACGAAGGGGAACAAGGCUGCAAGGAAACAAAUCGGGAUGAUAAAGGUGGCGGCCGGUAGGAUGGCGAUUAAGGUGGUGGACUGUGCCAUUCAGGUCCACGGGGGUGCAGGAGUGUCUGAUGACUUCCCCCUCGCUCAAAUGUAUGCUUAUGCCCGGACGCUGCGUUUAGCUGACGGCCCUGACGAGGUUCAUCUGUCCUCCAUCGCCCAAAUGGAGCUCAGGGAUCAGCUCAGACGAAUGGCUGCCAAGCUGUGAACAACCUGACCGCAGUGUUUCCUCAUGGACGCCGGAGACCGUCUAACAGCCUCUCAGAAACAUAGUAGUGUGUAAUUAGCCAGGUAACAGAUACAAUCAGCUCUUACUGUCAUCGACUCAAAUAAUUCAAAUAUUUGACUCGAACAUCGUUGAUUGAACAUCGUCCUCAAACAAUGACUGAUUAGGCAAUAUUCCUGUCCUUUAUGUAUCAUCUGUCUUACACUGAAACUCUGCCUUUACAUUGAUUUCUUCAUGAGCUCUGAGUGCUCACAAUACACUUCACCUCAAUUUGACAAACGGUCACUAACCUAGAAUUAAUGGUCGGGUCAAUGCAGCAAUCUGUAUAAUCAGGAAAUACCUCAAACACUAAAUCAGCCUGUAGUGAAAACUACAGUAUUGACUCAACCAAUACGAAGACUGCAGCGUUUAAUCUGGUUAUGCUGAACCUUCAGCGGUGUGUUCAGUUUCCCAUCAGUCGCUCUGUUGUAGCAGAUCUGUGAGCAGAUUCUUGGCUGAUUGUACAACAGUACACAGCAACUGUAGAGGUUUUCAGUGAUGCUGUAUUUUAAGGAACACACUGAGUGGAAAAACUGCAUCUUUCAUUGGUUUUCCCACUAAAAAUAAGUUCUCCACAGGGAACAAAACAUUAAACAAAAAAUAUUGUGCCAUAACUUUCGCAGAGGCCACAUUUUAUGUUUUAUUUUUUCCCUUAUACGUAAAAUUCAGCAAAUAAACAGAAGAAGUGCAUUAAAAUUUACAGAAGUUUGUUCUCUAUAGUGUUAACCCUUUUUUUCACCAGGGGCGCCUAAACUUUUGCAUACAGCUGUAUUGUUUACAGAAUAGUUUCAAUUUCAACCUAUUUUAACAACCAAAUAAUAAAACUACAUUUUUCUAUGGUUUUGCAGUCACAGAAUUAUGAAUAUGUACUAAAUUUUCACAUUGAUUUACUGAAAACAUGUUUUUGGCAAAAAAUUAGUGACUAAAACUGCACUUUAGAAUAUGGAACAAAUCUUGAAGUAUUAUUGGCUUAUAAAAUUCUUAUUAGCUCUAAAUUAUUAUUGAUCUUAUUGCUCAUAAAUAAAGCAAUAAACCUGACACUACCUGGAACCCAUGGGGAUCAAAUGAUGCCAAUUUCACACCUCAAAUUUAAGAAAUAGUUCAUACUCAGUAUUUUGCAUAACAAGAUCUUUUGUGUUUAUAGUGCAUUAUUACAACUAAUAGGGCAAUUAUUUGUGAUUUUCACAUAACAGACCUCUGAUUAUGCAGGUCCUAAUGAAUAAACCAUGGAUGCGUCUUAUUUGGACUUUUCUGGACAAAAAAACAAAACCCUAAUUAAGCCUCAGUGUGUUCCUUAAAAUAAAGUGUUCAGGUUUUGCUUGUAGAAGGAAAAUGUAACUGAAUGAUAAAUAGAUUUUUAUAUGAACUUAAUUCUUACUGCUUUUCACUUCUCUGAUUACUUAUGAAAAAACAAUGUCAAUAAAAUUUGAUUCAAUCAAUUUGA